CAGGCCGCGCGGGUAGCGGGAGCCCCGGAGCCCCGGCGGCCUGCGAGCCCGGAGCCGGCAUGGACCCUGAGCGCUGCGCGCCUUUCGCGGUGGGGCCGGCAGCCGGUCCCUAUGCGGCCGCGGGGGACGAGCCUCCGGGCCCCCAGGGGACCCCCGAUGCUGCGCCUCACCUGCACCCCGCGCCACCCCGUGGCCCACGGCUGAGUCGCUUUCCGGCCUGCGGGCCCCUGGAACCCUACCUCCCAGAGCCCGCCAAGCCGCCCGCCAAGUACCUGCAGGACCUCGGGCCGGGCCCGGUGCUCAACGGCGGCCACUUCUACGAGGGCCCCGCGGAAGCUGAGGAGAAGGUCUCCAAAGCUUCCAGUUUCCCCCAGUUGCCGGUGGACUGCAGAGGGGGUCCCAGAGACGGGCCCUCUAAUGUGCAAGGUUCCCCAGGACCCUGCCUGGUCAACUUGCGCGUCCCUCUUUCCCCGGGACUUUCUGACUCCAUGGAGUUGGCCAAGAGCAAGAGCAAGAAGCGCCGGAACCGCACGACCUUCAGUACAUUCCAGCUGGAAGAACUGGAGAAAGUCUUCCAGAAAACCCACUACCCUGAUGUGUACGCCCGGGAGCAGCUGGCUUUGCGCACGGACCUGACUGAGGCCCGGGUACAGGUCUGGUUCCAGAACCGCAGAGCCAAGUGGCGGAAGCGGGAGCGUUAUGGGAAGAUGCAGGAGGGGCGGAACCCUUUCACCACUGCCUAUGACAUCUCUGUGCUACCCCGAACUGACAGCCAUCCUCAGCUGCAGAACUCCCUGUGGCCCAGUCCAGGGUCUGGGAGCCCAGGGGGGCCCUGCCUCAUGACUCCAGAGGGCAUCCCCUCUCCAUGCAUGUCUCCAUACUCCCACCCCCAUGGAAAUGUGGCUGGCUUCAUGGGAGUGCCAGCCUCCCCUGCAGCCCACCCUGGCAUCUAUUCCAUCCAUGGCUUUCCUCCUGCCCUGGGAGGGCACAGCUUUGAGCCUUCUCCGGAUGGUGACUACAAGUCUCCAAGCCUCGUCUCGCUCAGGGUGAAGCCCAAAGAGCCCCCCAGCCUGCUGAACUGGACCACGUGAUGGGUUACACAGACACACACUGAGCUGCUCACUCCUCUUCCUGCUCUCGCCUGCUCCUCGCCCAUCUCUUCCUGGAC